GCCCCAGUUUAGCGAGGGACGGCCCUGUAACAGCACAUCGUUUGAGGUCAAGUGAGGAGAGAAAAGCCCGUUAUGUGCUCUUAAAAUGCAGAUGUGCGGGCAGCCAGUGAGCGUGCAGGGAGGAGGCGGAGGGAGGAUGCUUCACUAGUGUUCAGCAUGGCUGUCAAACGCCGCAGCGAUUUGGGAAGGAACGUCUAGCUUCAUGUAAGACUCGGGACGAUGACAAGCACCAUGUCGGCUGCAGCCGUCGUGCUGUGGCUUGUGACGGUGCUCACCAUCCUGUCAAGGUCGCACGCUGACCGUAACGUCUACCCGUCUGCAGGAGUGUUGUUCGUCCACGUCCUGGAAAGAGAAUACUUCAAAGGGGAAUUUCCUCUCUACCCGAAAUCAGGUGAUGCUGCCAGCGACCCCAUCACUUUCAACACCAACCUGAUGGGUUUCCCAGAUCGGCCCGGCUGGCUUCGCUACAUCCAGAGAACUCCUCAUAGUGACGGGGUACUCUACGGAUCCCCCACUGCCGAGCAUGUGGCCAAAGCCACAGUCAUAGAGAUUACUGCCUAUAACCGACGCACUUUUGAGACGGCACGGCACAACUUGGUCAUAAACGUCAUGGCCACUGAGGAGUUCCCGCUGCCCUACCAGGCCGAGUUUUACAUAAAAAACAUGAACGUUGAGGAGAUGCUGGCCAGUGAGGUGCUGGGGGACUUCCUGGGGGCUGUGAAGAACGUAUGGCAGCCUGAGCGCCUCAACGCCAUCAACAUCACCUCAGCAUUGGACCGCGGUGGGCGUGUGCCGUUGCCCAUUAAUAACCUCAAGGAAGGCGUGUACGUGAUGGUCGGCGCCGACGUUCCCUUCUCGUCGUGCCUGCGUGAGGUGGAGAGCCCUCACAACCAACUGCGCUGCAGCCAGGAGAUGGAGCCUGUCAUCAGCUGUGACAAGAAGUUCAGAGCUCAGUUCCACAUCGACUGGUGUAAAAUCUCCCUGGUGGACAUCAACAAAGUAUCCCCAGUCUACAUCACUCGCCCUGAAGCAGGUCCUGGUAUCCUGGCCGAGUUUGGGGAUUACAAGCCGCCGUCCGAGUACCUGAAGAGCCGGGACUACUUCACCGACUUCAUGGUCACGCUGGCUGUCCCCGCGGUGGUGGCGCUCGCUCUCCUCUUCAUUCUGGGCUACAGCAUGUGCUGCCGAAGGGAAGGGGUGCAAAAAAGAAACAUGCAAACAUCAGCCAUUCAGCUGGUGCACCACAGCUCCAUCCAAAAGUCCACCAAAGAGAUGCGCAGCAUGGCCAAGAACCGAGAAAUCUCCUGGCCGCUCUCCACGCUGCCCGUCUUCAACCCCGUCAGCGGCGAGGUGGUGCCGCCCAUCCAUCCCGACAACUACGAGACCACCAGCAUGCCGCUCAUGCAGACGCAGACGAACCUGCACAACCAGAUCACUAUCCCGCAACAGCAGCCAUCAGGAGAUAACUAUGUCAUGUCCACAUUUAGAAGGUUGGAGGUAAAUGGUAUUCCUGAAGAGAGAAAAGUGGCCGAAGCACUGAAUUUGUAAUCUGGUUUGAUGAAAAUUCCUUCUUGUCUGCAUGUUUAAAAAGUGUCUUAAAGGGUACUUUUCAAUUUCAUGUGCUUUGGUUGCUGAACGUAUUGCAUAGUUUCACUUUCAUUGCACAGGGAAAAGAGCAUUUAACAUUAAAUGUUCACAUAUAACAAUUUUUUUUGGAAGGGUGUUUAUUUAAGAUGUCAAUCCUACAACUCACGAUUAGAUUCUCGAUUCAACACAACGGCCGAUUCAAAUCAUUCUUGCAAUGUAGUUACUUGAUAGAAAAAUCAUAAUGAAACGUGACCUAAACGCACAGCAAGUAAGCGUGGACAUGGCCUUUUCCGAUAUCACGUAUUUUAGGAAUAUGUGAGAACCGCAAUUUGGAUUUAAAUCGUUUUCAACACCCUUAGUUUGUUAAAUGAAUAAAUAUCUGCACAUAGAAGGCAAAAGUGCACAUUUUAUCAAUAUUUUUUUUUACCAAUGUUAUGUACAGUACAGCAGAAUAAAAGGGAUUUAUAAAUAAUAUGGAUACUUUCACAUUUUAUAAGACGUCACCAAAAAAAAGGGUUACUUUCAAAGAGAAAUAGACGUCGCUAUUACACUGCCAAAAUGAACAAUGAAGUACCACGAUGAGAUGACUGGAAGUGAUCCAUGGAAUAAUAAUAAUGUUCAAUUACAAAUACAAAAUGCAUCAGUCGAUUUCCUU